AUGGUACUUGUGUACAUCUGGUUUCCCAAGGUUGCUGCUCAGAAUCUCAUAAAAAACCCCAGGGACCAGAAAACAGAGCAUACGCUUUUGAUUAAUGAAGUCAAUGCUGACAGCCCAGGAGAGGACACUUCUGAGUUUGUGGAGCUCUAUCACACCAGCGGUCAAACAGCCCGCUUGGAUGGCUACUAUCUGGUCUUCUACAAUGGCAAUGGAAACCGAGCCUACAAGGUUUUAAACCUCCAGGGCAAAGUUACUAACAGCCAAGGGCUCUUUCUCAUUGGCUCCUCUUCUGUGAACCCUGCUAUAGUUAUUCCUAAGAACACUAUCCAGAAUGGCCCUGACGCGAUUGCUCUCUACUAUGGAAAAGGGAACUACAAGGAGGGCAUGAGCGUCACAAGUUAUGGGCUAGUAGAUGCCUUGGUCCAUAAGACUAAGAAGACGGACAGAGCAGACACCCUGGUCAGGGUACUGACCCCUGGCAGAGAUGCUUUCCUGGAGGAUUCCACCUUCAGGACCAUGGAUGAGUCAAUAGAAAGGUGCCGUGGGGAAGAUUCUCAGUGGAUUUUCCAAGUGGCCAUGCCCAGUCCAGGCACAGACAACCACUGCAUCCUAACUUCUCAGCUGAACGCAUCUGCUGUCUUGAUCAGCGAGGUUCUUGCUGCCUCUUCUUCUGAAGAGUUUGAGUUCAUAGAGCUUCAGGGUCCCCACUCCACCAUGCUGAGGGACAUUGUUCUGGUGCUGAUCGAUGGUCAGACCAAAGACAUUUAUUUCACCAUGGAUGUUUACGGCAAAACCUCACUGGAUGGGCUACUUCUGAUCGGUCCAGCACAAAGCAAAACCUCAGUGGAUCUGCCAUUCCCGGAGAAUACCACCCGUCCUGUCCUCAGAGGUGGCCCCAAAGCCAUUGCCCUCUACAGAGGCAACAGCAGCAGUUUUGUCCCGGGGAAGGCUCUGCCAGUGACCGGCCUGUUGGAUGCCUUUGUGUAUACAAGCAAUGAGGAACCGAACCCUGAGCUGCUGGAGAUCCUGACCCCUGGCAGACCUGCCUACAAGGAAAAGCGGGACCAGCUGGGAGAUGUGUCCAUGAACCAGUGCAACUGCUGCUCAGUGACCCGGGACUCCUUGUCCUAUGUCCUCAGCAGGCCCACACCUGGCAAGUUCAAUGAUUGCCCCAGCAAACGCUUCAGCCAGACUCUCUCCUUCUGCCUUCGUGUAGCAGAUUGCCAGGAGUGGCUCCUGAAGUCAGAAGAGAUUCUGAUGACUCUGGUCCAGGCCCUCGAUGGAUCCUGCAGCUGUGGAAUCUCUGCUGCCUACUUCAAAGAGCCAAAGGCAGCCUGCCAGGAUCUGGGGCUUGUGUUUACCACUCUGCUAACUGCUAAGUCAGAGGACCAGCUGAGCAGCCUGCUGCUAGCCUUCAAGACCUUCCUAGAGACACCUGGGCUUGUGAGUUUUGACAGAAGGAACAUCACAAUAGAGAGCUCCUGCUUCAACGAUAUUAAUGUGCCAGACUUGCCUCCAGGUGUCCCAUCAGAGAUACCAGAAGGGACUCAAGAGCCUUCUGUGCAAGUGGCCAAGCUACUCAUCAACGAGGUGAACCCAGACAACCCGGGGGGGGGAGAGGAUGCAGAGUACAUCGAACUCUUCUACACUGGACGGACACGCUUUGACCUCCAGGGAUACUGGUUGGUCCUCUACAAUGGCAAAAAUAGCCGGGCCUACCAGGUGUUGGACCUGUCUGGACACCACACAGAUGAGCUGGGUUACUUCCUGGUGGGGAGCAGCACCAUGAGCCCAGCACCCAUGAUAGGGCUGCCCCCCAACACCAUCCAGAAUGGGGCGGACGCUGUGGCUCUCUACUACAGCAACACCACCCUCUAUGCGGUGAACAUGGCUGUGACUGCAGAGGGGCUGGUGGAUGCUGUGGUAUACACGUCCCGAAUGCCGGAGAAGGCAGACCAGCUGGUCAAAGUGCUGGUACCAGGGCAGAGUAUCCUGUAUGAAAAUGAUUCUCACAGUACUGAGGAUGAGUCUCUGAGCCGCUGCCACAGCCUGAGCACAAAACUCCAGAGCAGCUUCCAGGUGACCAUGGUGACGCCGCUGGGGGAGAACUCCUGCAGCAGCUCCUCGGCACCAGUCCCUCCUGCCAUCCGCAUCAGCGAGCUGUGCCUGGCUGGCAGCACUACUCCACACCGCUUUGUUGAGCUGGAGGGGAAGCCUGGCACCAGCCUGGGAGGGCUCAGCCUGGUCUUCUUCCUGGGGAAGGAGGGCAAGGCACGUGCCAGCAUCCCACUGAGGGGCAUCAUUGGAGCCACGGGGCUGUUCACGUUUGCACUGGAUGGAGGGCAUGGGCACGAUGGGACAAACCUGACUUCCAAGGACAUCUCUGCUACUAAUGAAGGCUCCAGCGCUAUUGCUGUGUACAGGACCAGCUUGAUUCCUGGUGGCACAAAGGCAACAUCAGAGAACUUGGUGGAUGCCUUGGUUUACACAUGUGAGCCCAGCAAAGCUGGAGGACACUUGGACUUCCUUGGACCAUCUUAUGCUGUGCCCUGCAAGGAUGACAGGCCCAUGUCCCUGAGCCGUUGUGCCUGCGGCAAUGCCAGCGCAGAACUGCAGUUUGCCAUCUCGGACCCUACCCCUGGUCUGCAGAACAGCUGUCCCCAGGAUGCCUUCGCCGUGGAUCUCCACCUCUGCCUCCUGACACCCAACUGUUCCACGUGGAUCCUGCACCACAGGAGGAUGCUGAAAAGCUUGGGAAGGGUCUUGGUGAGCUCCCUAGAGGAGAAGUGCUCCUGCGGUGUCUCUGAGCUCUACCUGCAAGGGCUGAACUUGACAUGUGUGGACUCCCUGGUGAAGGUCUGGGGCCAGGUGUGGGCUCGGCAGCUGGAGCAGCAGCAGUCCAUCGAGACCUGGUGUCAGGGCUUCCUGGCCAGGCCCCACACCUUCUCCGUGGAUGACAGAGUGCUAAAAACCAGUCCUGAGUGCAUCGCCCCUGGAAAUGCACCGUCCGUGUCACACAGCACUGCUUCCUUCCAGGGCUGGGAAAUUGCCCUGUUUGUCAUGGGAUCUCUCCUGCUCAUGUUCUUCGUGGUCAGCCUGGCAUUUUACUUCAUCAAAAGACAUCCCCAAAAUUACACCAACAUCGAAAUGAAUGACCGUGGGGAGAUUGCAGCAGACUUCUAA